AUAAUCGUCCUCCUCUCCCUCUUCACUUUCUCUCCUUUUCUUUGCUCCGGUACAUCAGCAUCAUAAGGGUUCUCUUUCCUUGAGCCCGAGUCUCCCUUUACCCUCAUCUGGUCGCCUACACCUCUCCUUAAUCGCGGUGCCUUGCUGCCUCGGCUGCGUCCAGACUAUACUCCAUACCUGCUUCUACUGCCACGCACAACGUGAUCAGGUCAGGCGCGACCUCGUGGUCCAACUUGUCAUCUGCUGUGGACGUGUCUUGUGUAUUGAUUUAUCCUCCUGUGUGGUCUGAUCUUCUCCAUCCAUCCGCAAUCACCAAAAUGCCUGCAAAGCCAAUUCUCCAUCCGUUGCGGACGCCCAAGAACAUGACGUUCCCCUCGGAACUACAUGAAGACAACGGGGUCCGACUGGGUGCUCCAAACCGACAAGAUGAGAGCCUCUCAACACCCAUCACCCCUCCUGCAGCAUACACCGAGUUCCUCAAAGCCUUCACGCCCGUCUUCACCCCGGACGGCAAUGGCGGCACCGUCACCCGCUUCGUCUGGGACAAGACGAACCGCACGCCCACAUCCCAACCGGCCAGCGCAGUCAGUGGCUCAUUCAGCUUCCCUGACCAGACCAGACCCGCAACUGCAACCCUACCCCCGCCAUCCCCUUAUGGCAGUCUUCCAGCCCGAAGAGAUAUGAUGAACCUGCGGCGGUUGCGCAUUCCCCCAGCGAUGAGAUACUCGCCCACGCUGGACACACCCCGCAGUGCUACACCAAUCCUCUCGCCUUAUUCGUACUCCUAUUCCCCAGCCGACUGGAAGCUGCGCUACUGGGACGGUCCGCGAAGUGCGACUGUGGGACGAGUCAGUGUGCGUCAUGUCGUCACUCACACGGUGACGUACAAGCGGACGCAACUGGAAGAUCCGCCCAAGGGAAAGCGAAGAAAGCACAGUGAUGACAAGGAGGAAGCUUCGGAAUGACAGGUUAUGAUUGAUUGUCUUAGGUUACUAGCGCAGGUCCGGCGUUAGGA